CUGCAAGAGGACAUUGCGUUGCUGAUGCCAUGGUGUCACCUCUGGGCAGAGCUGGCUGAGGACGAGGAGGAUGAAGAAGAGGAAGAAGAGGUGGAGAAUAAAGACCCGCCAAAAAAGCUCAAAAAGAAGCUUCCUAAAGACCCCCCCUCAGGAGAGAGCCGGGAGAAAAAGCUGAAGCCGAAGGGAGACAAGAGUGACUCUGACAGCAAAGCCAAAUCUGCCAAAAGCACCAAGAAGGAGCAAAUGUCCGUGUUUCAGGUGAAGAAGGAGAAGAAAAGCAAGAAGAAAGUCACCACCAGCAGUGAUGAGGAGGAUGAUUCCGACUCCAGCACCAAACCCAUCAGGUCAGAGAAGAAGAAAAACCCAGCAUCCCUCUUCCAGACUGGUGGGGACCCCCCCAAGGAGAAAAAAUCAAAAAAAAAAGUUCCUCCCAAAGGGGCUGAGAGUGAGGAGGAGAUCCUGGAAACCCUGCAGAAAAACUCCAACAAGAAGGGGAAAGCAAAGAAAUCAAAGAAGCUGAAGGAGGAGAGGCCCCCAUCUCCUGUCAUUGAGGUGGACAACCUGGAGGAGUUCGUGCUGCAGCCGGCGCCGCAGGGGGUGACCAUCAAGUGCCGGGUGACACGGGACAAGAAGGGGAUGGACCGGGGGCUUUACCCCACCUAUUACCUUCAUUUGGAUAAUGACAAGAAGGUGUUCCUCCUUGCUGGGAGGAAGCGUAAGAAGAGCAAAACCUCCAACUACCUCAUCUCCAUCGACCCCACUGACCUGUCACGGGGGGGAGAGAACUUCAUCGGGAAGCUGAGAUCCAACCUGAUGGGUACGAGGUUCACAGUGUUCGACAACGGUGCAAACCCCGACAGAGCCAAUGCUGACUGGUCCAAUGUGCGGCAGGAGCUUUCGGCCGUGGUCUAUGAGACCAAUGUUUUAGGCUUCAAAGGUCCCCGGAAGAUGACGGUCAUCAUCCCUGGGAUGAAUGCUGAUGGUGAGAGGGUGCCCAUCCGUCCCCGAAACGAUAAUGACGGCCUCCUGAUGCGAUGGCAGAACAGAAACAUGGAUAAUGUAAUUGAGCUGCACAACAAGGCACCAGUGUGGAACGACGAGACCCAAUCCUAUGUCCUCAACUUCCAUGGCCGGGUCACCCAUGCCUCUGUCAAAAAUUUCCAGAUUGUUCAUGGCAGUGACCCCGACUACAUCGUGAUGCAGUUUGGGCGUGUGGCGGAUGACGCCUUCACCAUGGACUACAACUACCCUCUCUGUGCUGUGCAGGCUUUUGCCAUCGCCCUCUCCAGCUUCGACGGGAAGCUGGCCUGCGAGUAG